UCGCCAGCGGCGCCUUCCGCGGGCUCCCGCGCGUCGAGGCGCACUUCCAGCCCGGCUUCGGCGCCGCGCUGUACGGCUGCAAGGAGGCGGUGCGCAGGGAGAUCCGCUCCGCCAGGGAGGUUAUCGCUGUGGUUAUGGAUUGCUUCACAGAUAUAGAUAUUUUUGGUGACCUUCUGGAAGCCUGUGGGAAGCGGGAAGUUGCAGUGUAUAUUCUGUUGGACCAAGAGUUUGUAUCUCAUUUCAUGAAAAUGUGCAGUAAUUUGGGCGUCAGUCUUGAGCAGAUGAUUAUGAUGAAAGUUCGAACCAUUACUGGGAACAUUUAUUACGCCAGGUCUGGUGCCAAAAUUGUUGGGAAAGCCCAUGAGAAAUUCAUGUUAAUUGAUGGUAUUAGAGUAACAACUGGAUCCUACAGUUUCACAUGGACUGAUGGGAAAUUGAACAGCAGUAACUUAUUGGUACUUUCAGGCCAAGUGGUUGAACGCUUUGACCUAGAGUUCAGGAUCCUUUAUGCACAGUCACAGCCUCUCAGCUCUGAAGUGCCAACGAGCUGCAGGAACAGUGGCACAUUUGAUCAGCAGGUCAACAAAAAGCCAUCUAAAGAGUACGCUGUGGGAUAUGACUUGAGAGCAGAGUUGGCCAGACUGUCAAGCACUCCCAAGAAACCACUGAAAGAAACAGAUUUGGCUGAAGAUAACCCAGGAGGUACACUUUAUAAGCUGGGGCAUCCCUGUCUUGGUGAAGAGCAAUGGCUUAGCAGCCAGGAGACCAUCGUAUCCAAGCAGGUGAACAGCAUGCCGACUCAAACAGAAGCAUGGGAGAAGCCCAGAGUGAUGCUGUCUAAUGCUGUCACGCAAACUGAUAUUGUAACUGUGACAACAGGAACCCAAACCUCUGUUGAUACUAAAGCAACUAGCACUCAAACUGCAAUUCUACUGAAAACUGCUGUGACGCAGACAGAUAAGGAUGAGCAUGUGGAAGAGCCUUCACUUCAGAGACAACAAUCAAAAGAUGGAUCUUCUGCCUCUGCUGCUUCUAGCCUGUGCUCACAAUCUUCAGCCUCUUCCAGGUGCUCUCUGGCAAGCUCUGUCAGCUCCAUGUCCUCUCUUAGGUCUACUGAGUACAGUAGCUACCACAGGGCAGAUAACUUCCACACACUACAUAAAGAGAGGCAGUUCCACUACUCUAUCAUCAGGUCUAAGCUUAACCAUGUGAUGGAUCUCCUCGCACGGAGAAACCACGUGCCUGAACACUACGUGAACCGACAUACUGGAAGAUGCAAUCUGAAACAGAGGCGUGAUAUCAGCACAAGUCUGCUUAGUCUCAGGGACAUUGCACCAUUCAGAUCAAACAAGUGACUGCUGCUGAGUUGAAUUUGGAGCACAAGAGCUCAUUUCAUUGCAUGGUACUCUUUUUAUAGCUGCUGAUUCUUGUGACUGACUCUGGUACCUUACUUGUAUAUGUGCGCGUCACUUCCUAGAACCAAAGAACCUUGUCUGCCUAUGUCACUUCCUAGCACUUUGUCUCAUUCUAUGCAACAUGUGAAACAAUGCACUGAUGUCAUUCAUGCUUGUUAUGCCAUUCAUGCCUCCACAUUCAUUUUUUUUUUCCAUAUAUAAAAAUUAGUGGUAAAGAUUAA